GUUCUGUGAUUCUGACAAAUGUGUCUGGUGUAAUGUUUUUGGUGCUAAUGGUGUUGUAAUUUUUAAUAUAAUUUGCAGUAGAAUCCAAUGUCAAUCGAACACAACGAGAUGCCACAAUUGGGGCAAAAUUUGGGAAGUGUCCCAGCCUUUUUGGGCAAGCUGUGGAAGAUGGUAAACGAUCCAGCUACAGACAGAUAUAUUUGUUGGAACAAGGCUGGAACCAGUUUUGUAAUACAGAAUAAGGGGCAGUUCUGGUGUGAGUUAUUGCCAGUUUACUACAAGCACAACAACAUGAGCAGUUUUGUGCGUCAAUUAAACAUGUAUGGCUUUCACAAACUGUCCACGGUUGAGAAUGGCACUAUGGACAUUGACAAGGGGGAAACCCAAUUCACCCACCCCCUAUUUAGGAGAAAUCAGCCAGACUUGCUGAACUAUAUAAAGAGAAAGGUUACCACACAUAAAGCUAAUGAGAAUGUAAACAAGCAAUCCUACAAGGAGGAGGAUCUUCUUAAAGUAUUGACUGAUGUUAAACAACUAAAAGGGCGGCAAAGUAAUGUUGAUGCCCAAUUGACAUCAAUGAAACAAGAAAAUUCUGUACUAUGGAGAGAACUCGCAAUGCUCAGGCAAAAACACAUGAAACAACAGCAAAUUGUCAACAAGCUGAUUCAGUUCCUGGUGACAAUGGCUCAUACAAACAACUCAUCUCGUAUGGGAGUUGGGGUCAAGCGUCGCAUGCCUCUGAUGAUUAACGAAAGCCCCCUCAAGAAGGCCCAAAAACAGAAAAAGGAAGCAAAGGACCAAGAAAAAGGACCCACAAUACAUGAGAUUGAAAGCCAGAGAUUGCCUGAAGAUAUUUUUGACACUGACCAACCAAUUGUUGACAGCCCUGCUUCUUCAUGUUCGCAAUACCUACCGUCAUCGCCUUCCAUGACAGGAGAAAGUCCUGCGCACUCGACCCUUGACCCAGCUUAUUUGUGUGAUCUGACUGAGCCAAUAGGGGAUUUGAUUGGGAAUGAUAAUGAUUUCUUUGAGGCACCAACUCAGCAGGAGAACAACGUGUUUUUAAAUCCAGGCGCAAGGGACACGCUUAUUAGUAACCUUACAAACGGCACUUACAAUUUUGCAGCUGUCAAUAACGCUAAAAAUGACAAAAAGGUAGUGGAAACCACAAACAACAAUGCCAAGGUGAAUUCUCCUAACAUGACAGUGGCAACUAGAAUCAACAAUAGUACACGAGGCUCAAAUCCUUCCAGAGAUGAUCUUGACCUUCAUCUGGAAAGCAGCCAAACUGAGCUUGACUCUCUGAAGGACAUUCUGAGCAACUGCAGCUCUUUUGACGCCAACACUCUAUUGGGGCUUUUCAACGAUGACUCGCCCAAUUACGGGAUAGGCAACCACGAGUACGAGGCGAGCCAUGAUGGUAUGCAGCUUGAAUUUCAUAAACUACUCGAAUUAUUAACUAACUUUUCGUAGCAGAAAACUCGUUGCAUUCGAAGGUGAUCAGCCUUCCGCCUACGCCUUUGGAUUUUACCGAGUUGUUGGAUUGUUCCUACGAUGAUGAUUCGAGUUUAAAUAGGGACGCCGAUUUUUCGUCGCUCGAAUCCUCCGAUAACCGAAAUGGUUCGAUUAAUACUCCUUUGGUGAUAAAAAAGGAACCAUUCUUCAAAAACUAGGAUCUGUUUUGAGAUUAUUACUUAUUUAUCUGUUAAGUUGGCGUAUUUGAUUAAAUUUUUAGGUUUACUCUGCUAAAAACACCCAGGAUUGUUGUAUUUUUAUCAUUCAUAGUUUCGCAAGAAUACGUUAACAAUAUUUUUGAGAUUACUUCUGAGUUUAUUUUUGUUCAAAGUUUUCAUGUUAUUACAUUGUAAUUAUUAUGUAGAUUAAAAAUGAUCACAUUGUAUAUUUUCUUUGUACAUUUUUUAGUCUAGUCAGGUUUUCUUUGCACGCGGUUUUAUUUUGUAUAUUUACGUUUAAAUGAUGUUGUGAGUCUGACGGUUACUACUUUCCUUAUUUUAAAAAUAAGGAUUAAACCAUUAGAAAAAUAAAUUGGCCUUCAUGUAUAACAUGGCUGUGUAACGGAAAUUUCCUAUAAAAAAUAUUGCUAAGAAGUUUACUUAGUCAAAGAAAAAUAUUUUUGUAUAAAAUUUAACUAAACUGCUUGCAUUUAGGAUGAAAAUAUCACAUGUAUUGUUUUUUAAUUUAAUAAUAAUGGAA